UAACGGGUCUUCUCGUAUAGUUUCCGUAGUAGCCAUUUUGUUUUGCACGACAAGGCAGAAUCAGGUAACUCUGCGAGUCCGGUGACCUCGAAGGCAACGGUUGCCAGCCAGGAUGGACUCGAAGAGGCAGGAACGGGAGGUGCACCCACUGCAGGAGUCGACACCGGAGCCACCCUCGCCCCCAGUGUACAGUACAAGCUACGUGACCUAUGAAACCUACAAGAACAGAGGUCAGUCACCGGUUGAGCAGAGAGACCGGACCCAGAGAUCGACACCAGUGGACUUUGGAGCCAGACCGUCGCCAGUCGACCACAGAGGAGGACGGUACUCCCCUGCUGAGCACAGAGGUGGUAGAUCUCCUCCGGUAGAGUACAGAGCUGGUAGAUCCUCUCCGGUUGAUUACAGAAACAGAUCCCCCCCGAUGGAGUAUCGAGUGACGAGGGAGACUUCAAGCGACCGUCGAGGCAGAUCCCCCUCGGUCGACCGGAGAGUGGGCAGGUCGUCAUCGACGGACCGCAGGGGUGGAAGAGGGUCGCCCGUUGACCAUAAGCCCGGAAGGCCUGCCCAGACGGAGCACAGGGGCAGAACCUCUCCGGUAGAUUACAAAGGAAGGUCCUCGAGGGUGGACUCUCCGCAGGACAGGCGAAGGAGGAGACGAAGCAACUCCAGGUCCUCCCCGGGCCGGUCCUCCCAGCGCAGCAGGUCUAGGGACCGGGACAGGGACAAGGACAGGUCCAGGAGGUACUCGAGGAGGGACCGGUCCAGGUCAAGGUCCAGAGCCAGGUCGAGGUCCAGGGAUAGAAGGCGCAGCCGUAGCAGGAACCGCAGCAGGGAACGCCACCCCAGGUACAGGGAAAACCGCAGACACCAUCGGGCUCCUUCGUACGAAUCGGACCAUUUUGAGGACAACCAGGAGGCGGUUGCCCAUAGGACAGUGUUCCCUACCCAACCAAAUGCCUUCAAGAAUGACGGCAGCUUUAUGGAGAUGUUCAAGAAGAUGCAGGAACAGAUGCAACCUGCACAGAGGCCCACCACAUCGGUGCUAGAGGAGAAACCCGUGGCUCCUCCUCCGCUGAUGGUGGGCAAGCGGAGGGGAGGACGCAUUCUGAAGACUGGAAUGGUGGCUAAGCCGAAGGCAGAGCAGACCGUGGAGACCCCGAAGGACGCCUGGUCUCUGUACAUGGCGGAGGUCAAAAAAUACCGGGAGGUUUGCUGUCAAGAAGAGGACAACACCAGGCCGCUGGUCAAGUAACCGACGGGCUUCAAUGUCUCCCUCUGCAUACUCCUGUUCAACGACUUAAUCAUCUCCAUCGCUUCUGCUGAAAUUCUUGGCUCGUUCCUUUGGUUCGAUCGAUGUCAGGCAAGUGGCGCGGAGUUACUUGGAGUGGUGCAGUGACUGGUUUUGAAAUCGUUUCUGCUUCAGUAGUGGUAUGGUGGGGUGAAGAGAAAGGAACUUCAUGCCGAACCUUUGGUGGACCGAGAACUAU